AUGUUUAUCAACGCAGAGCCCCGGAUUGCCCCGAACGGCUUCGAAGCCUUUGUCCCAUUCCACAGAGCGGAGUCAAUGCAUCAAAGACUUGUUGAGAUGACGAACAACGACGUGAACGCUUGGAGUGUCUGCCGGCCCGUGGCCUUGUCGACUUCCAGUAUCUGGGAUCAACAGAUAGAUGACUUCGGAAACGAAAACUUCUCUGUUCAAAGCCCUUAUGCUGGAUACUUCCAAGAAACUUCCUUGGCCGUUCCAAGACAGGCUGUCGAUUGCCCGAAGACUUCUUCGUACACAGUCGCUCACAAGCCCCAGUGCCAGUCAAACAAGAAUCCAACCGCUUCUGAGCAGCCAUACCAAGACUCAGCAUCUGAUAUGAAUUUCAUUCAGAAGCAGAGCCCAAUGCUUGGACAUGACUAUUCUCAGUGGAGUCUUGGACGUGGGCGUGGCAGCUUUACGGAGUUUUCGAAUUCGAACAUGCGAAAUGUGCUCAAGGACUUUCCAUGUCAAACCUCGAUCGAGUCAAACCUCACCACGUUCACGCCAGUCUCUUCCGCUCAACAUUUGCAGGCGUCCUACCGAGACGAGUCCUUGUCGAUGGGCACCAGUUUCAACAUGGACAGAACCAGCCCCAACAUAGCCUACAACAGCUACUCGCCAAUGACCACAUCUGUGAACCCUCAGUCACUCAUCUCUGGCCUCGACAACGGUCACGGCUCAUCGAAAAAGGUGGGAUGGUGGCCGCAGACUUUGGCCGAUAAUAGAUACCGAGAUCAAGUUACUUGUGAAGUCCCACUGACCUACGACGGUCUUCCAAAAUGCCAGACUCAACAACUUCAGCAGCAAUACUGUGAUCUUUGGAACACCACCACACAGGGGACUGAUGAUUGGACAGCACAGACCAUCGCCUCAAGCACCAUUUCUCCAAAGGUCCUGACAUUGAACGUCUCUUCCACUUUGUCAUCUUCAUCUGGUUCUAGUCAAGAGGCUAUGAUUGGGCUCUCCGGGCUAGGCACUUUUGCAAGCAGCAGCGAAGAAUCAUCUGACCAAUCUGGACCGGAGACCUUGGCCGUUGUAGAGCCGCCGCCGUCUCGUCCUCAUAGACAACGUCAGAAUCUCCCAGAAUCGGCGCCAACUUCACGCAGAAUCAUGCCGGUCCUCCCCAGCAACGACUUUGCGCAAGAUAGAAACACCAAGAAGAGAUCAACGAAGUUUGUCAAGUCAGCAAACAGUGCCCGCAGAAGAUCCAGUCCUGUGCCAACCAGUAAUCAAAGCACCAAGCAUUCAUCGUCCUGGAGAGCUGGAGUAUCUGCUCCACGGCCGAAGAAGAUCGAACCAAAGUAUGUGAGCCCAGAGCCCGAGCCACUCUGGGCCACGCUGGCUCAAUCAUCAACAACGGCGCAGGCAAUGCAUCACCGAGACGGAAAGGACGAUUUCCUGGUCCGUUCGAAGCUAGCUGGCAUGUCAUACAAAGAGAUCCGUCGUCAAGGUAAAUUUUCCGAGGCAGAGUCGACACUGCGAGGGCGCUUCCGUACUUUGACCAAACACAAGGCCGCCAGAGUGAGGAAGCCCGAAUGGGAUGACAACGAUAUUCGACUUCUCAAGAAGGCAGUCCGCAAGCUAACCCACGGUGACCCAAAGAACUGCAAGGUUCCCUGGAAGCAAGUUGCUGAAUAUAUAGCCAACAAUGGGGGCUCAUACCACUUUGGCAAUGCCACCUGUCGGAAGCGCUGGGAUGAACUUCAAGCCAGAUCGGACUGCUGA